UGUGUGUGUGUGUGUGUGUAAAAGUCUAUGAUUAAGCACAUCAAAUGACUGCUGAGCCUCACACUGAAUCUUUUGUCUAGAUGAUGAUGAUGUCACUACCGUGCAAGGAGGAUAGAGGUCCUGUGUGUGUGUGUGUGUGUGUGUGUGUGUGUGUGUGUGUGUGUGUGUGUGUGUGUGUGUGUGUGUGUGUGUGUGUGUGUGUGUGUGUGUGUGUGUGUGUGUGUGUGAGCUUUGAGUUUCCUGGGCGUGUUGGUAAGCCGCACACUGUAAGUCUGUCUGCUUUUACGUUCACUUUAUAAGAGUAAGAUGCUCGCGUUGGGAGUUGUGCUGUUCUCUUUGCUGUCCCUCACCUCCGCCAGUAAAGGAGGUCUGAGUGGGAAGGUUCUCCUGUUCCCGUAUGAGACAGAUUUCAGUUUUGUGAAGCUCUCUCCCCAGAAGCCUCUCUCUCUCGCAGCGUUCACGCUGUGCAUGCGCAUCUCUACCGAGCUGCAGGACGAGCGACAGGUCAUCCUCUUCGCGUAUCGCACCAACAGCACAGACGAGCUCAACGUGUGGCGCGAGAAGGACGGAAGGAUCUCGUUCUACCUGGGUGGAGACGGUGCGCUUUUCCGCCUCGCGCCCCUCUCCAGCUUCCGCACUCACCUGUGUCUGACGUGGGACUCCAGCACCGGUCUCGCCGCCUUCCACGUGGACGGACGCCGCAGCACACGACAGAUCUACAAACCGGGCCACAAGAUCCGUCCACACGGCACCGCCCUGCUCGGCCAGGACCCUGACACACACCUGGGAGGCUUCGAGGUGAUGCAGAGCUUCGUGGGCGAGAUGACGGACGUGAACAUGUGGGACUUUGCGCUGUCACGCAUGCAAAUCAGCGCUCUGUACGCCAACCUGAAACACAGAGUGCCACGUGGAAACGUGUUCGACUGGAGCACCGUGAAGUACGAGAUCCACGGCAAUGUUGUGGUGGUGCAGGAUGACUGAUUACACACACACACACACACACACACACACACACACACACACACACACACACACACACAGCAAUGUAGCUCUAAUACUAUAUCUUCUGAGUUCCAAUAUGUAAUUGGCUUGUGUCUUACAUUCAUACAUACACACUGAUGAAAACAAGAAUAAUAAUGAUAUUUACUAAAAUAAUCAAGACAAAUGUUAACACACACACACACACACACGCGCGUGCGCGCCAUUGUGAAUUGUACUGUUUUGUCAAAAUGUUAACAGAUAAUUAAUAAAAGUGUGUAAGGCU